UUGCUCUGAUUGGUCCAGAGUAGCGAGUGCGUUCCUUCACAUGUCGACCGAAAUCUCUUCUGUGAAGAGGAACAUUUGUUUUGCGCACUUUAUAGACUUCAGAGCCUUUUAUAGACAGAAAUGGAUUUUUAAGUUUUUUUGUGUCGUGGAUUAACAUUAAUAUGAGUAGCAAGUUUGUCAGCUCUGGUACAUACGCUUAUAAAUAGAGAAUCAAGUUGUUUAUCUUGGACCUUGUCGUGGUAAUAUUUUGUUAAAUCGUAACAUUCACAAUGCAUACGAGGGACUGCUACGUUUCAGCACCGGGUAAAGCGAUUCUGCAUGGUGAGCAUGCUGUGGUGCAUGGAAAGGUCGCUCUGGCUGUGAGUUUGAACCUGCGCACAUACUUGCGCCUGCAGUCCACAUCAAACGGAAAAGUGUGCCUCAAUCUCCCCAAUAUUGACACUUUCCUGUCCUGGGAAAUAACGGCACUACAGCCUCUUCUGGAUUGUUGUAGAGAACAUGUAGACCUGAAGCAGGAGCUUGAUGACGAUCUCUUGAAGAGGCUCCGUGCAUAUACUGGCAUUGCAGAUGCUUCAACAGACACAAGAAGCAUGGCUGUUUUGGCAUUCCUCUAUAUGUACCUGUCUGUUUUUGGCGAGGCGGAGUCUCUAGCCAGUAUCACAGUAUCUGUGUGGUCAGAGUUACCCACAGGAGCUGGUUUAGGCUCCAGUGCCGCCUAUAAUGUUUGCCUGGCCGCUGCCCUGCUGUCUGCCAGAGGGAUCAUACCCUCUCCUCUCACACCCCAACAGGAUUCAGCCAGAUGGAGUAAAGAGGAGAUGGAGCUGAUUAACAGGUGGGCGUUUAUGGGUGAGAAGAUCAUCCACGGGAACCCUUCAGGGGUGGAUAAUGCUGUGGGUACAUGGGGUUGUUUUCUAAGAUACCAUGACGGGAAAAUAACUCCACUAGACCGGGUCCCAGUUCUGAGAAUCCUUCUUACUAACACCAAAGUACCACGCAGCACCAAAGUGCUUGUUUCUGGAGUUAAGGACAAACUUAACAAGUUUCCUGCUGUGAUGAAGCCGGUGUUGGAGUCAGUCGACGCUGUGUCCUGCACCUGUGAACAGACACUAACAGAGAUGUCGGCACGUGGACCUUCAGCUGAGCAUUACAACAUACUCGAGGAGCUUAUUGAUAUAAACCAGCACCAUCUGAAUGUGAUGGGUGUGGGUCACUCCUCUUUGGACAUCCUGUGUAAGAUCACCUUGGCCCAGGGUCUGCACAGCAAACUGACGGGGGCCGGAGGUGGAGGCUGUGGAAUCACUCUGCUCCGACCAGAAACGGAUGCAUUAGUGAUCCAGAGCACCAUUGAAGAGCUGCAGGCUUGUGGCUUUGACUGCUGGGAGACGAGUAUCGGAGGUCCAGGCGUACAGCAGCACUCUUCUGAUGUGCUCACACAGGACAUACUGAAGAUACUUACCAGCUACUGAGUCACAGAAAAUACGUCCUCAUUCACAGAUGCUUGCUGCUGAUUGUUUAACAGACAACAUAUAGAAUUGCACCAUUAUUUCUCUUAAAUGGAAAUUGAUAUCAAGUUGAAGAGAGAAUCUUGUAUAUUUGGUCAUUACAUUCAGAGCGAUUGUGGACACUUACAAAGUAUUUUUCAUUUUCACAUCUUCACUUUUCUAAAUAUUCUAAAAGGAUAUAUUUGCUUUUUAGGAAACCUUGACUCUACAUUUCGGAUAAAACAUGCUGUUCAUGAACGUGAAAUAUAGGAACCCCAGUUUGCGUGCAUCUUCCUCAUAACUCUCUCAAAGAUUUUUGUGUCCACAUAUUCAAAUUGCUGUCAGUGAAGUUGCCAAUAGAGGGCAGCAGAGUGUAGGAAACGGAACAGAUGCUGUCAAGCUUAUGCAUAAUAUAUGAAAAAAUGUAACACUUACAAAAUGAAUUAGUCAAUACAUAUUGACUACAAAUUCUAAUUGUUCAUGAAAAGCCAUGUUGUACAAAACAACAAUUACUUGGUUGUCUGUCUGUGUAUUGUUAGUAAAGUCUGAACAUAUCAUUUGCAAAAAUCUUGUCAAAAACACAUAUAGCAUUACUGAUCGGAGAUAGUACAGCUUAGACUAUUUUAGCAGAGGAGAGCUGUUAGAUUUUCACUAAACCCAAAGUAAUCACAUUUCUGUUUUUUGCCCUUUGGAUUCAGAACUGUUUUUGUGUAGAAUAUUCAGACAGAGAUUAGACACAGGGAUGCAUUUGGCUGUCGACCAGAAGCAGUCCAAGUUGAUCUUCAAAGCACAAAGAUGUAAUAAACGCUCUGCACUUAGUGGCGAGCAAAUUUCCCUGCAGUCCCGGGAGAGGGGUGUAAUUUUAGUGGUGUUUGGUGAGGUACAGAUAAAGAGGGCCGUCUUCAGAAAUCCAGACGUUGAGCUGGAGAACAGGAAAUGAAACGGUCCAGAGUUGUGUGUAGAAGGUCAGAACUUUUGCUUUGUCAAAUGCACUUUGAGAAGACCUUCUCUUGAGGUCAUAGAUAUGAAUUUGAAAUAUUGCUUUAUUGUGAAUGUGUUGACAAUAUCAGUAUUUUUUAAAUUUGAAAAAGUAAAAAGAUCCUAAAAAAUAAAAACAUUGUGGUGCUUUUAUAACAUUUUUUGUUUGAACAGCCUGGCAUUAAAGCAUUGGUUGAGCCCAUGGGGCGAGUUUAGGACAGUUUUAUAUAGGGAAACCUGUUUCAAAGCAGUCACUAUUUUGCAAUUCUGCAGAAAUUACAUUAAAAAAGUAGUUCAACUAGAAAAGGCGGGUGUUAAAAUACAGAGACGAGACUACAGAGCUUCAGAAAAUAACACUGCAAAGCUCAGAGGAAGUGACCUCAGACCCCACAUCUGAGUCUUUGUCAUCUUGUCAAUCAUGGCAUGUGGCAUUUAUCCAUGAGCUUGGCCGCCUACCUAUAAAUACACCAUGAUUAUUUGUUUGCCUGAUUCCAUCAGCUCUAAAGGGUAAAAAUGACUCGCAUCUUCCUCUCUGAUUUUAGCUCGCC